GGAAGAAAAGUUUUAUAGAGUCGCGUGACGUUGGCGUCAGUUGGUAUGUGCAGACUCCAAAUGCAUUGUCAGAAAUUACUGACCUGAAAUCAAAUUGAGAGACCCCAGAGCUGCAGGAAAAUGCUCCGUUUUCUCUGCUGUUGCUUCUCAAGUGGAGACUCCGCCGACGAGAGACAGCCUCUCCUGCACCCUGGACCAUCGGACCUGAAUGAAGCUGGAUCAGCCAGGCAGAGCCGGUCAGCACACAGUGAUGCACAGACCGUAAAGCGGAUUGGCAGGCUGGUGAUGAGGCGAGUGUGUGUGCCAGAGUUGGACCAGAGGUUUUCUGACAUGGCAGAGACUUUCAAUGAACAGCACGAGCGAUAUGAGGCCAUGGUCCGAAAUAUCAGAAACCUGCGCCAGAGCUACAGCUGUAACCACAAUGAUACCCUGGCUUUAACCGAAUGUGUGGGGAUGAUCAGAGAUGAGCACGAGGCCAAGUACAGGGUCUCACUUCAGAUAAAGGGAUACGAAUUUUCCCUAAAUGUGGUUCGUGUGGAUGAAAGUGAUGAAGAACCACUGCCUCCACAUUUGCAAUUUGCUCAGAAUGAAGUGAAGGGCAUUUCGGCGAGUGCCAAAGCCACCAUCUCAAAGGGCACCACACUUCAAGAGUUGAUUGGCUGGCUGCUCCGUAGCAAGGAUCAAAUGGCUGAACAAGUGAAGGGGGCUGCAGCAACUUACCAGGAGCAUGGCAGGCUGAGUGAGAACCUGGAGGAGAACCUGAAAGAAGUGAGGAGGGCGAAGGAGUUUGCACUAGGAUACAGACAACGGGCCGGGGAGGUCUUCACUGAGGCUGCACAGAUAGCAGGGGCUUAUCUUUAAUGUUUCUUUUUAGAUGUCCACUUUAAAUCCACCAUUUACACAACAUUUACAGGAUUUAAUACAAUAAGGCACACACAGAACAGCAUGCAUUUAAAUAAUCAAAGUCUUUGCUUUGCAGCAUCUUGCAUCACCUUUAUUAUCAGUACACAGAGUUUUACAAUGAUAUCUUUUUUUAAAUGUUUUAUAACUUUUGUAUAAACAGUCUCUGGUUUUGGAGACUUAUUUUUAUAUUUAAAUGAUGAUGUCUGUAGAAUGACUUACAUUAUUUUCCUUGCAGGGUGUAAUCUUACCCACUAACAUUAGGUGGCAUUGCAGAAUCACUUUACAUUUCUAAAGGUUGCACCUCAAUUUAUAUUCCUCCAAUUAUUUUGUUUCUCUAAAAUGCACUACAUGAAUGUAAAUUCCCAAUAUUCCAAUACCAAUAAAAAACCUAUAUUACACA